AUGGUGCGUGCCAUCGACGGUCAUCAAAUACCCUCGUAUAGGAAGCAUGAUCUGGUCUUUGGCCUCGCGGACAGUCGAGGAAAAAAGCAAGAGCAAACCUUGAAGGCGUAUGCUGUGGACAUGCGAGGAUACGACCUUAUUCUCGGUUUCCCUUGGAUCUAUGAUGUCGAUCCAGACAUUCAUUAG